AUGACGACCGAGGAGUUCGCGAUUAUUUCCAGUCUGACCACGAAGGUCGUGGCCUCAAUCGAUGCGUACAAAGCAGCCAAGACUGAAAUAGCGCGGCGCGAUGCCCUUCAGAACGCUACAAGUCUCGUAAGAGCUCUGGAAAAUCCCGCGGAUGCGAUUUACAAGUUGUUCGCUUCGCCUGGUGUGCUGAUGGCCGUGAAAACCGCCAAUGACCUAGGUGUUUUCACUGUUUUAUCCCAAACGACUUCUUUUGCCACGUGUAAAGAACUGGCUGUGCAGAAGAAUGCGGACAUUCAGCUCGUUGAACGCAUCAUGCGUGUUCUUGUUUGCAAUGGCUUCGCCAGUGAAGUGGAUCCCGGCCAAUAUGAGCCUACUGCCUUGUCAAGGCAAAUGACGGAGAGGAAAUCGAUUGGGACAAUGGACUCACUGUUCGUCGACUUUUUACCCAUCAUUCAGAAAACACCAGAGUACUUUCAAAAGUCUGACUACAGAAAUCCUGGGGAUCCCAAGGAUGGUCCAUUUCAACAUGCCUACAACACAACUGGUUCCUGCUGGGACUGGCUAGCUAAGAACCCAGGGGCACUGGACCGCUUUAACACUUUCAUGGAGGGCUCCCGAGACGAGAUCUCUCACUGGGCUAACUGGUUCCCCGUUCAGGAGCAGUUACUAGAUGGAGCAUCGGCUGACCAUCCUCUGCUUGUUGAUGUUGGCGGGAAUCGUGGUCAUGAGCUCCUCGAAUUCAAGGAAAAGUUCCCAUUGGAGGCUAAAAGGCUUGUACUUGAGGAUUUGCCGUCGGUGAUCGAGGAUAUUCAAAACCUUGACAGUGAUAUUUUGAGAGUCAAACAUGACUUUUUCGACCCGCAACCAAUCAAAGGUGCUCGUGCAUACUAUUUCAAGCACAUUAUGCACGAUUGGUCCGAUGAUAACUGCAGGAUAAUUUUGAAACACACUAUCGCUGCUAUGGAGAAGGGAUAUUCCAAAAUCUUGAUCGAAGAUUACGUCGUUCCCGAUCAAAAUGCCGGGGUCAAGGAGACUUUGAUCGAUAUGGUGGUCAUGGUAUGGUGUCCAGGAAUCGAGCGGACUCGUCACCGAUGGACCGAGCUGCUACAGUCAGUCGGAUUAACUAUCACGAACUUCUGGCUGCCUCAUGGGUACAACAAAGGCAUUAUCGAAGCUGAAAUACAGUAG